CUAACUAAUAUCUGAAAUAAAUACAAUCCAUUAUUAACUUGUACCUAACAAUAAAUAAACAAUUACUUCACAAAACUGUUUUUUUCCUCCCUAUUUCAAGAAUCAAUCUUUUUCAGUUCACCUUAAAAAAGGGGCUUUUGAUUUAUAAAUUCCAUUUUUUCUUCAAAACCCCAUUAUAAGAUCUAAGUAGAAAACCCUAGAAGUGCAAAAAAAAAAUGGAUUUUGUCAUAGCACAAGGAAAUAAUUUCACUACAUCUGCCAACAACAUGAUUCAAGGUACAAACUUUAUUGCCAACAGUACAACCAUGAUUGCGUCCUCGGUUCCUCCGUUGAGUCGAUAUGAGAAUCAAAAACGUCGCGAUUGGAACACUUUUUGCCAGUAUGUCAGAAACCACCAACCCCCUCUUUCACUUCCUCAGUGCAGUAGUGCACAUAUCCUGGAAUUCCUCAGGUAUUUGGACCAAUUCGGAAAAACCAAAGUCCACAACCAAAAUUGUCCAUUUUUUGGGCUACUAAAUCCUCCAGCACCAUGUCCUUGUCCAUUAAGGCAAGCAUGGGGAAGUCUUGAUGCACUAAUUGGUAGGCUUAGAGCUGCUUAUGAAGAAAAUGGUGGAAAGCCAGAAAUGAAUCCAUUUGGUUCAAGAAAUGUGAGGCUAUUUUUAAGAGAAGUGAGAGAUUUUCAGUCUAAAUCAAGAGGGGUUAGUUAUGAAAAGAAGAGGAAGAGGCCAUCAUCAUCAACAAAUAAUAAUAAGCAAAAAAUAACCAUGGCGGUUGAUGGUGGUGAUUGUGGUACAGGUAGAUGUGCAACUUUUUGUGGAUACGGAAAUAUUGGUAAUGAUAAUUGAGAGUGAUUGUGUAGACAGGAUUCAUGGUGACCAGGAGGUUCUGGCUAGCUGCAAAAACAAUUUCUUGUAGAAAUGCAAGAGUAAAGUUGCGUACAUAAGAUCCAAUUAUGUGAUCGAUUUGCAUUUCAAUCCCUAAAUUUUAGCGCGUAUUGUGGAAGCUUAGUAUACUGAAAUGUGCGCACUUUUAUUGAAUAAUUGCCUAGUUGAAA